UUCCCUGCGCUCUGUCUGGCCACGCAAAUAUAAAAGCCAGAUUUGGCACUCAAUGGUGGAUCUGUGACUUUGGUGUCUCGUGUGUGUUGGUGGCUCACGUUGGACUUCUUCUCCGUCUUGCCCAGGAAACAAAUUAUUCGUCCACUUUGGCCGCUUUCUUCGUGUUCCAGAUUUCCGUCUUGCAGAAUGUCCCGUCAUCUGGUCGUGAUUGCGCUCUGUUGCACAGCUCUAUACCUUGUUUGUGGCAAGACACUACGCAGGCAAAAGCGAUGGGAAGAAUUUCCGGACGUGGAAUUCCACUUUGACUGCAGCGACAAGCCCAUCGGAUUCUACGCAGACAUGGAAUUCGACUGCAAGAUCUUCCACAUGUGCGACGCCUACGGACGCCGAGUCCCUCACAUUUGCGCCAAUGACACAGCCUUCAACCAGCGAUAUCGAGUCUGCGACUGGGAGUACAACGUCAACUGCCAGGACUCGCCCAACUUUUACUACCUCAACGACCUCACCUACGAGACUGAACCUCCUACCAAAGCCUGAGACCAUCGGUCCCAUGACGGCGCAUGCCAGCCCCCCCGACACACUUGUUCCUUCCUUCCAACUCCAACUGGACAGGACCAGAUGUCGCUACCAUCGUUCUACGAGGAUGCCUAGACUACAUCCCGGAGUCAUUCUCGCGGUUUAGUUAGUUUCUUAGUUUCUUAAGAUAAGAUGCGUUUAAUUUUAAGGGAUGUUCUUUUGUUUGUUUUAUGCAAUUACAGAAAUUAUUGAGAAAACCUAGGAAUCUACUUGGAACCUUGGUCAGCUGGAUUGGGGGCGACUGUGUCGUCAAAAGGAACGAAUUCUGUUAUUUAUGAGCUACGAUGAAGUACAAGAGAAGGGGAAGGGACGGAUUGCGGAACGCUAAGAUCACCUUUCCAUGCGACCAGAUCGGUGUUCUUCAUGAGGUCGCUCAUCACAGCCUGCAAAGAAUUCUGGAUGUACAGAUGUCAGGAUUCCUCCCCUCAGUGCCAUCACAAGGACCAAUACACCGUAUUACGGCAGAGUUUGACAAUAAACGAAACAAAAGAUACCCAUACUUUACCAACUCGGAGGACCGAAUGUUGAGAUCUGGUGCAUGGAAGGUGAAGCCGGAAUGCAUUCAAUACAAAUAUUGAGGAUUUGCAUCUCUUUUCUUUCUUUCUUUUUUUCAUCGCUCCAAGGAAUCAGUUACGUGUCUCAUGUACAUAGAGUCUGUCGUUAUCGUUAUAUGUUUCUUAUCAGAUUUUAUUCCUUGUCCAGGUGCUUUGUUGUUUGUUGAAAGAUCAUCACAAUCCAUAUUAAGUGUUUAUUCAAAAUCAAAUGUGAAAAUAAGAAAAUAAAAAGAAAAGGAAGAAC